UUAACUGGGGCUGAGGAACAUGGAAAACAUCUGAAACACAACACUGCUCUGGGCUCAACCAUGUUGACUUGUUGUGUAUGUAUGGAUGUAUCUAAUUCCAAUGAGGCAAAAUGGGACAGCCCACAGUAUCGACUAUAAAAAGCUAAGGCGUCCAGGACAGGACACACGAUCAGGGGCGGACAUUCGUUUUGUUCUCCUCCUUCACGGUUUGGUCCGACCGAGAGAGAGAAAUCGUGUUAUUUCGGGUAGCUACUAUCGGCAUACGGCAGGUGAGUUCACUACAGCUCACACGGAGUUUAAAGACUACGACCCUGGCAGUUUAUCUAUCUCUAGUUAAUUAUAGCGAGUGUCCUGGUUUCAGCACUGCAGGUCGUUAACAGCUCCAACAGCACCAGAGGAGAGCGGAGAUUUGAAGAGCCCCUCCCCGCCUAAGUAACAACCAGAGCGGGUAGAGUCCAAGCGCAGCCCUGUUGUCAGUUUCAGCACCACCAGCAAGGAAGAGCAGAGCUGUCCAAACAUCCAGCAGUUUGUGACCGCUAUCGUCGGUUGGAUCAUCCACACAACACAACACCCCCAAGACAGCUAUAACCGGGAGUAAUCUAGCGGAAAAUAGCCUACAGCCACCGAUUGAGUGGAUAUUUUAUUUCAGAAUGGCGUCCAAAGGAAUGGGAGUUCUCUUUCUGCUCGGGAUUUUUGCUGUGACUGUCUCCCAGAUUUCUGCUUUUCCCACACCUGCCGAGGAUGAUAAAGCUGUAGUUUACAACAGACGACUGACUGAGGAGAGACCAAUCCAGGAGCAGAUUGCAGAGGCAGAUGAUGUGAAAGCAGCAGUGGAGUCUGCAGACACCAAACCUGCUGUGGAGCCUAAAGAGGUGAAAGAGGCAGAACCAGAACAAGAGAACGAUGACUUCACUCUGCUCAAGUCCCUGGCCGAAGGUCAAAGGUCAAAAGAGACCAAUGAGACGCCGGUCAGAGAGAGCCUGGAGAAGGAGCCUUACUUUCCAGACGAAUCAGAUUCCACCAAGAACCGCCGGCUAGUCGAAGACUAUGACUCAACAAAGAUGGAAAACGAUGACCCAGAGAGCUUCAGGCAGGUGGAUGGUACCCCUCUAACGGCUGAAGACAUCGUCCAGAAGAUCGCUACUAAGAUAUAUGAGGAGGACGACAGAGGUGUAUUUGACAGGAUCGUCUCCAAGCUGCUCAGACUGGGCCUGAUAACAGACAGCCAGGCAGACAGUCUGGAGUACGAGGUAGCCGAGGCUCUUCAGGAUCUCAUCACUAAGAACGCAAAGAACAAUGAGAUCGAGGACCUGGGAGAGGACUAUCCCGUGACCCGGGGUGACCAGGAUGACCAGAAUCCCGACGCUAGCAUGGAUGUUACUGGUUCCCCCAACCGUCGGUACGAUGAAGAAGAUGAUGAUGAAGAUCAGGCGGCCAUUGAUGACGACGUGGACAGAGGAGAGGGGGUUGACACAGUGGAUAACACCUGGGAUAGAGAGAGUGAGGGAGAAGGGGAGGAGGAGGAGAGGAGUGAGGGAGAGAGAGAUGAGGGAAACGAGUUGAGUCCAGAGGAUGGUCUUCAGGACCUUCAGUACUUCCCCAACUUCUACCGUCUGCUAAAGAGUCUAGACUCAGAGCAAGACACCCAGGAGAGAGAGACUCUGAUCACUAUCAUGAAGACUCUGAUUGACUUUGUCAAGAUGAUGGUGAAAUAUGGAACCAUCACACCUGAAGAGGGAGUCUCCUACCUUGAGAACCUGGAUGCUAUGAUCGCUCUGCAGACCAAGAAUAAGCUGGGGAAAACACUGGGGAUCCCUGGCAUCAUCCCUCCUACAGGGAAGACCCCAGAGGACGAUGACAACACCAAGGCAGAGGCGGCCAAGAUGCAGAAGGAGUAUGAGAACCUGAAAGACUCAACCAAGGAAGAAGCGCCGUCCACUGAGACCAGAGAUCACCCAGGCAAGUCUGAGAUCUACUUGGAAGCCAUCAGGAAGAACAUUGAGUGGCUGAAGAAACACAACAAAGACGAGGGCAAAGAUGAUUACGACCUGUCCAAAUUGAGGGACUUCAUGGACCAACAAGUGGACUCCUACAUUGACAAGGGCAUCAUCGAGAAGGGUGAGGGAGAGACCAUCAAGAGGAUCUACGGCAGCCUGUAACCUUCAACCAACCUUAAAAUAACCAACAACCAACCUUCAAACACCUACGACCAACCUUCAAAAAACCCACUGGAAAUGUAUGACGAUUGAUAAACCUAUGAAUAGGGCCUAGAGUUGUUCCUGUUCUGGAAACAUGGUUUGGAAAAACUCCUGGCUUUACGACUCACUCACAAUGAGCAGAAUCCAAACUUGACAUGAUGAUCCCUGAAAGUAACUGUCUGAUUUUGGUGUGAAUUCUUACCUUGAUGUCAGUGGGAGUUUGGUGUGAAUUCUUACCUUGAUGUCAGUGGGAGUUUGGUGUGAAUUCUUACCUUGAUGUCAGUGGGAGUUUGGUGUGAAAGUUUGAGUAAAGCGAGUGGAUCUCAAGUUAGGAUUCGGCCUCUAUGAGAUGAAAGGUAUGACCUUUAUGUAUUAAAAAUAAACCAUUUAGGCAAAAACAUAUUGUAUUUGACAUUUCCAGAAAGCUGGAAUGCAAUAAUGGUAAUAUUAUCACUGAAAGUAUAUAUUCAACUAUACUGCUAGAAAACAAUCAGCAAUAGUCCGAUGUCACUGAAUGGCACUGACUCGAUUGGGAAGGGGAAAUUCAAUAGUCUGAUGUCACUGAAUGACACUGACUCGAUUGGGAAGGGGAAAUUCAAUAGUCCGAUGUCACUGAAUGACACUGACUCGAUUGGGAAGGGGAAAUUCAACAGUCUGAUGUCACUGAAUGGCACUGACUCGAUUGGGAAGGGGAAAUUCAAUAGUCCAAUGUCACUGAAUGACACUGACUCGAUUGGGAAGGGGAAAUUCAAUAGUCCGAUGUCACUGAAUCACACUGACUCGAUUGGGAAGGUGAAAUUCAAUAGUCCGAUGUCACUGAAUGGCACUGACUCGAUUGGGAAGGGGAAAUUCAAUAGUCAGAUGUCACUGAAUGGCACUGACUCGAUUGGGAAGGGGAAAUUCAAUAGUCCGAUGUCACUGAAUGACACUGACUCGAUUGGGAAGGGGAAAUUCAAUAGUCCGAUGUCACUGAAUGACACUGACUCGAUUGGGAAGGGGAAAUUCAAUAGUCUGAUGUCACUGAAUGGCACUGACUCGAUUGGGAAGGGGAAAUUCAAUAGUCCGAUGUCACUGAAUGGCACUGACUCGAUUGGGAAGGGGAAAUUCAAUAGUCCGAUGUCACUGAAUGGCACUGACUCGAUUGGGAAGGGGAAAUUCAAUAGUCCGAUGUCACUGAAUGACACUGACUCGAUUGGGAAGGGGAAAUUCAAUAGUCCGAUGUCACUGAAUGGCACUGACUCGAUUGGGAAGGGGAAAUUCAAUAGUCAGAUGUCACUGAAUGGCACUGACUCGAUUGGGAAGGGGAAAUUCAAUAGUCCGAUGUCACUGAAUGACACUGACUCGAUUGGGAAGGGGAAAUUCAAUAGUCCGAUGUCACUGAAUGACACUGACUCGAUUGGGAAGGGGAAAUUCAAUAGUCUGAUGUCACUGAAUGGCACUGACUCGAUUGGGAAGGGGAAAUUCAAUAGUCCGAUGUCACUGAAUGGCACUGACUCGAUUGGGAAGGGGAAAUUCAAUAGUCCGAUGUCACUGAAUGGCACUGACUCGAUUGGGAAGGGGAAAUGCAAUAGUCUGAUGUCACUGAAUGGCACUGACUUGAUUGGGAAGGGGAAAUUCAAUAGUCUGAUGUCACUGAAUGGCACUGACUCGAUUGGGAAGGGGAAAUUCAAUAGUCCGAUGUCACUGAAUGGCACGGACUCGAUUGGGAAGGGGAAAUUCAAUAGUCCGAUGUCACUGAAUGGCACUGACUCGAUUGGGAAGGGGAAAUUCAAUAGUCCGAUGUCACUGAAUUGCACUGACUCGAUUGGGAAGGGGAAAUUCAAUAGUCCGAUGUCACUGAAUGGCACUGACUCGAUUGGGAAAUUCAAUAGUUAUUCUGUCAAAUCAACUGACUGACUGAUCUACUUACUAGAUGACAGCUUUGACUACCUUGAGAAGUGAAAUGUUGACCUACUGAGGGGGAAUGAGUGUUCAACCAUCCCAAUGGACACACACUGGUUGACUCAACGUUGUUUCCACGUCAUUACGUUGAACCAAUUUGGAAUAGACGUUGAAUUGAUGUCUGUGCCUAGUGGAAAGGAUGUGUCCCAAAUGGCAUACUAUUCCAUAUUUAGUGCAUUAUUUUUGACUAGGCCCCAUAGGGCUCUGGUUAAAAAUAGUGCACUAUAUAGGAAAUAGGGUGCCAUUUGGCACAGAGAUAGGUCUGAUAGUAGAGUUCCAACUUUAGCUUUCUCAUCAAUUGCAGGUAAUAUGUAUGUCUUUGCAAUAGACUUUUGCAACAAGUACACAUAUAUCUAAAUGUAUUCAUUCUAUGUAAUCUGUCCUAUCAUAUUCUAAUUCUUAUUUUUUCAAUCCAGCAUCAAUGUAAAAUCUAUUGUAUUAAGGCUUUUAACUCAACCAAAAACAGCUGUGUUGUCCAGUAUCAUUUUAGCCCUGUAUGUCCAUCCUCUCCUCUUCGUUCUGGGGUAAGUCCUUUGGGGCCCUCCAGGGGGCCCUGUUUGUGUCAUUUUCCUCUAUCUGAUUUCUGCAAAAUGGGUAGUAGUGGGAAGUUGCCUCUAGAUGCUGAUCGUGGAUCAGUUGUAUAUUUUCCCCACUAAUGGUAAAGGUUAGGAUUGUGGGAGGACAAGCUGAUCCUAGAUCUGUCCCCAGCUUCAAUAUGUCUCAGUAUAUUUAACAUGUAUACUACCACUCUAGAGACACAAAAUUAAGUAUUUUUAAAUGUAAAUAUUUGUGAUGUUUUUUCCAAAAAUGUAAAAGCAAUUAAAACAUUGCCUUUCUUAA